AUGGCGCGUGCUGAGAUAGUGACUGUAGCGCUGUUUUUCGUGCUACGAGCCGGUGCGCCUGCGCGUUUCCCCGAGUUAUUGCCGGCGCAGAGCUGGUGGUUCGGGGCGGGGCGAGGUGAGGACGAAGCCGAGCCACGAGAGACGGAGAGCACGGACGUGCAAGUAGUGUAUUUGCCAGCCCUGCUGCCCCGCGAGGCACAGUCUGCGGCGGACAAGCUGCAAGAUGAGAUACCUCUUCCAUACAGUUUUGAUGCUUUUGGACGAAGUUUUGAACUUCAGCUGGUGCCAAACAGGCGGCUGGUAUCACCACAGUUCCGCGUUUGGUCUGACGAGGGACAAGAAGAGCCACUAUCCACAGUCGAUGCUACCUGCCAUUUCUUACAUUCCGGGCCUGGAGCGGUUGCUGCGUUUUCUGCCUGCAAGGAUCACACUCUUCAUGGAUUAAUUGUAGUAGACAAUUCAACAUAUGAAGUACGGCCAUUGCCGUGGAGUACGGGUCGGGCGGAAAAUGGCGGAGACCGCACGGCACACGUGAUAAGGCGGGCGCCACCACCGCCCGCACCGUUCGACGAUGCGCGCCCACUGCGACCGCGGCCCCGACCGCGCCGCCCUCGCCUCCAGCCACAUGUCAAACCGGGCCCAGCCAGCUACACCAUAGAAAUAGCUCUGUUCUUGGAUGAAGCCGCCUACAAAAUAUUUUACCCCUUUCUGAACUACAAUGAGGCUGAUAUACGUGACAUGUUGUUGGCAUAUAUAAAUGGUGUGCAAGCAUUAUAUCAGCACUCAUCUCUUGGUACACACAUCCAAUUAUCAUUAGUGAGGUUGACAUUACUGCGUAGUCAACCACCAGAGUUGCCAGCGCAUGCUGAGAGAGGACGUCUGCUUGACUCGUUCUGUGCGUAUCAGCGAUCAUUGAAUGUCGAGGACGAUGAUGACCCCGAACAUUGGGAUAUGGCUUUAUUAUUAUCCGGGCUAGACUUUUACUCGGACGAGGGCGGUCGUCGCAACGGAGUGACAAUGGGCUUGGCACCGGUGGGCGGCGUGUGCCUACUACCGCACGCGUGUGUGGUGGCUGAAUUCGGAGCAGCUGAUGUCCUCGGCCGGCCCUAUCCUUCCGCUGGGUUCACUUCCGUCUACAUCCUCGCCCACGAGAUUGGACACAAUCUGGGUAUGCAUCAUGACGGUUCAGGCAACACUUGCGCCCGUGACGGGUAUAUUAUGUCACCGUCACGCGGCACCAGUGGGGAGGCCACCUGGUCUUCUUGCAGCGCCCGUGUUGCUGCAGACUUACAAUGGGCCACGUGUCUAUUGGAUGGGGGUGAUGAUUUGGAUACUCCAACUGAACUGCAGCAUGAGAGGUUUGGUGGAGCACCUGGUGCUUUAUGGGGUGCUAAGAAGCAAUGCGAGGUGUUUCUACGAGACGUGGACGCUGCACCAUCCCCAUCGGUCAUCUCUAGUGAACACUGCGUGCAGUUAGCGUGUCGUUCGCCUCAUCGUGCCGGUUUUUACUAUGCUGGACCAGCGUUACCCGGUACUCCAUGUGGACCUCGAAUGUGGUGUCAAGGCGGAGAGUGUGUACCAGGCAGCGCGGUAACGACUAGCACUGGGCUGCCUGCAACAUCUGACGGGAGUACAGGUCCUGCGUCCAAUGACGGUGCAGCGAACGUCGGGAACAACUCGGGCUCGGGGGGUUGGAGCGAAUGGCGUGAAGCGGCUUGUCGAUCCGGCUGUACGUCACGUUCUCGAGGGUUCCGGGAACGCCGCCGCUCGUGCUCCUCACAAAUUGAUUGCGAUGGUACUGCAUAUGACGUCGUGUUGUGUGAUGAUUCAAAGGUCUGUGGAAAAAAGACACGUGUGAGUGCGAAUGAGUUGGCGUCCAGGAAAUGUAGCGAGUUUGCUAUGAAGUUGCCGGAACUUGAUCCUCGUGGCGGUGGUCUGCAAGCACCACACGAUCCGACUCGCAUGUGGAUGGGGUGCGCAGUUUUUUGCCGCCGUUCUAUGGGCGGCGGGUUUUACGCGCCGCGUGUAGAGCUCAACGACGCUGGGCUUGACCCAUACUUCCCGGACGGAACGUGGUGCCACCACGACGGCAACCACGACUACUACUGUCUCCAGCAUCAUUGUUUACCAGAGAACUUCAAAAUGACGACGCAAUGGCACAUUUGGGAAUUGCCGAGCGAGGACAUCGGGGGACCGUUCAAUGCGAGGGCGCGGACUGCACCCGAGGACGAUGAAGUUGCGGCUGCAAUACGUUCCUACCUAUCGCUGGACGCGCAGGGUGUACCCCUAGUGCGUUCCGCCUUCCCACCUAACAUCCCUGAAGAAUCUGAACACAACUGGGAAGUUAUCGACUACAUCGACUUACCCACUACACAGAAUGACACGCAAAAAUCAUAAAUAUUAUAACUGAGGAAUAUUUCCCAGAUUAUAUAUAAUUUGCACAGAUGUAUGUACUUAUAUGUUGUACUUUGAGAGUGCGUUAUCUUGCCAAACAAAUACUACAUAAUACGUCCGCAUUAAAAUCUUAAGUUCACAAAGUUAUCACGACAAGUUGAAAUGUUUAUAAAAUUGGACAUGUAUUACAAUUGUAUUAUUAGGAUUUAAUUUUAUUUAUUAAGUAAUUAAUAUAUAAUGCAUUUAAUAUGUUUAAGAAUUGUUGUACAAUAUCUAUUAGUAGAUAACUAGGUAUAAUUUAUAAUGAAAAUCGUUAUAAGUUAGGGAUACAUUUGAAAGAGCGCGACUUAAAUUUCCUUAAAUUUAGUAAGCUAAGUUUAUUGUAGUUUUAAAACUCUACAUCUACCAUGCAAUUACACCACGUUAUUUUUGAAAAAUCAUUAUUUCGUUGCAAAGAAACAAUACAUUUCACUUAAAUAUAAACGUAUUUGCCGCUUAUCUUUAGUUAUCAAUCAAAUGAAAUAGAUAUUUACAUGUUACAUAUUUUAUAUA